AUGACUGAGCAGACAUCAAGAGGUCUCAUAGACUCCUCGAAUUUCGUCGCCAAAGAAGAUUUGAUCAAUCUAGUAGACACUUAUAUGGACCGAAAAUUCGACGAGGAGAUUGCAAGGAUUGAAGAGAGGGGAGGAAUCCAAAUUUUCCAAGAGCUGUUAGGUGUUGAUUUUCGAGCAGGUCUAGCAUCUGACGAUGACUUUGAAGAAAGAAUAGCAGCAUACGGCACUAACAAAAGAGAAGAAAAAGAGCUCGACACUUUCUGUGAGCUGUGCUGGGAUGCCCUUGGAGACAAAAUUCUUAGGAUUCUUCUCGUCAUGGGGACACUUAGUCUUAUUAUUGGAGCAACACUAGAAGAUCAUCCAGAGUACGCCUGGAUUGAAGGUUUCGCAAUCCUUAUGGCUGUUUUUAUUGUUGUUAUGGUCACUUCUACCAACAACUACUUAAAGCAAAAAAAGUUUGCUGAGCUUAAAAGCAUCCAUAAGAAUAGAGCACUUAUGACAGUCAUGAGGGAUGGGGAGUUCAAAUCUUUACACCCAAGCGACAUUUUAGUAGGAGACAUAGUAAAACUGGUGCAAGGAGAUAUAAUUCCAGCAGACGGAAUUCUCAUUAAAGCUGAACGUCUUCAAACAAAUGAGUCUUCUCUUACAGGAGAAAACGACAAUGUCGAAAAAGAAGGCCAUGAAGAGUGCUUAAAAAGACUUAAAGAAUUUCUCAAAAAAGGAACCCGAGCUGAAGGAGACCAUGCCAAAAGAGAAAUUCCUUCACCUGUUGUAAUCUCAGGGACUAGUGUUGUAGAAGGAAGCGGAAUAAUGGCAGCCAUUGCUGUUGGGAUUUACUCAAAAGAAGGCAGGAUCACUGAUCUUGCUGAACAAGAUGACGAAAUGACUCCUUUAGAAAUCAAGCUUGAAAAUCUUGCUGAUAGGAUUUCAGGGCUAGGCUUAGGUGCAGGAGCUUUUGUAGUUUUGGUAUUAUGGCUGAGAUUCUUUAUAGAGCUGGGAACUGGAAAUAAUGAAUGGAGUACUGGUGACAGCAUUACAGACUUAAUUUAUGCUGUCAUUGUAGGCAUCACUGUUAUUGCUGUAGCCAUACCUGAAGGUCUACCAUUAGCAGUUACCAUAUCGCUAGCAUACUCUGUAAGAAAGAUGCAAACAGAUCAAAACUUAGUAAAAAGACUUCAUGCCUGCGAAACCAUGGGAGGAGCUGACUGCAUUUGUUCAGACAAAACUGGCACUUUGACGCAAAAUUUGAUGGAAGUCCAAAGAUAUUCAGUUGAUGGGAAUCUAAUUGAUAGCAGCAAGCUGAAAGGUGUCCUUGACAAGCACCCAGACUACUUUAGUUUCUUACUACCCUCUCAACUCAGUCGUGGCUAAAAAUUUCCCUAUCAAAUAUUUUAAUUCACAGUAAUAUUUUCAUGGAAUCUCCACUGAUUCUAUUUGAUACUCCAAAAUUAAUUAAAUUCUAUUACUUUUUGAUAUUAAUCCUCCUCAUAAAAAUAGCUCGAAGAGUUAAAAGAUGCGAUUUGCCUGACAACAGCUGCAAGAAUAGAAGAUGAAAAAGAAAUUGGCUCAAAAACUGAACUUGCAAUGAUCAAACUGCUUCUAACUGUUGGGCAUGGAGACUAUAUGAAGGUGAGACAAGAUUUUGUUAAAGACACUUUGGUGACAAAUCCUUUUGCAUCUAAAAGAAAAAGAGGCAGCACAGUCGUCAGAUACUCCGAAGACUUGGCAAGAAUAUAUGUUGUAGGAGCUUCAGAAUAUUUGGUAAAAUCCAGCAAAAAAAAUCUCACUUUGGAUGCUUCUUUAGCUGAUAUUGACGAAGAUAGAAGACAUCAAAUGAAAAGGGACAUUGAAACUAUGGCAGGACAAGGCUUAAGAACACUAGGCAUUGCUUUUAAAGACUUAACUGAGGAUGACAUGGAAAACUUAAAAGCAGUCGAUAAAAGUGGAGUUCCAGUCUUAGAAAAGAAAGGACUAAACUUGAUUGGGAUUUUUGGAAUUUAUGACCCUCCCAGACCUGAAGUACCUGCUGCAAUCCAAGCUUGUAAAACAGCUCAAAUAAAAGUCCGAAUGGUGACUGGCGAUAAUCCUAUAACUGCUUUAGCUAUUGCAAGAAGCAUUGGAAUUGCAGAUGAUAAUAGCAUAGCUAUGAUCGGAGAAGAUUUCAGAAAAGAAGUAGGAGGCGUCGUAUGUGAAGAAUGCAAGACUGAGCUUUGUGACUGUCCUAGAAAUUCCAAAAACGCUGGAGAUAAAAAAGUGAGAAAUGAUGUGGUCGGGAAUUUUGAAAAUUUUACAAAAAUCAUUGGACAUCUUGAUGUUUUAGCAAGAUCUCAGCCUGAAGAUAAAUAUACACUUGUGACUGGACUAAAACAAAUGGGAAGCGUUGUUGCAGUUACAGGUGAUGGAACUAAUGAUGCACCUGCUCUUAAAAAGGCAAAUGUUGGGUUUGCAAUGGGAAUUGCAGGGACUGAGCUUGCUAAAGAAGUAGCUGAUAUUAUUUUACUUGAUGAUAAUUUCGGCUCAAUUGUAAAAGCAGUCAAAUGGGGAAGGAGCAUUUAUGAUAAUAUCCAAAGAUUUAUUCAAUUCCAGCUUACUGUAAAUGUAGUAUACCAAACCUUAAUGACUUUUUAAAUUUUUAUUAUUAAUUGAAAAUUUAUAAAAAAUUGCAAUAAGGCAUAGCUGUUACCUGCGCUAUUGUAGGAGCUGUUACGAUUAAGCAGUCUCCUUUAACAGCAGUUCAGCUUCUUUGGGUUAACCUCAUUAUGGACACUUUUGCGUCCCUUGCUCUGGCAACUGAAGCUCCAACUGAUGCCUUGCUGACUAGAAAGCCUCACAAUAUAUCAGAUUUUAUAAUUACCCCUAGGAUGUUCAAACAAAUAUUCGGCCAAGCUAUAAUGCAAUGCGCUAUAUUAUUUGCUAUGACGUAUGCUGGGGAAUAUUUUAUUCCAGAAUAUGGAUCAGGGAAAAGAAUUUUAUACAACCCAAGAAGUAGCGACUAUGUAAGGUCAGGAAGAGACUACUAUUUCAAUGGUGAUAAAGACUAUUAUGACUUAUAUAAUGACCCAGAUGUAGGUCCAAGCAGAAUGAUGACUUUUAUUUUUAAUGUUUUUGUCUUAUUCCAGCUUUUCAACGAAAUAAAUUCAAGAAAGCUGCUUGAUGAACUGUGGAUUUUAUCAAAUAUUGUUAACAGUUGGCUGUUCAUUGUGAUAUGGUUCUUUACUUUUGGAAUUCAAGUUAUUAUGGUCGAAGUUGGCAGCUAUGCUAUGAACUGCCAUGUCGAAGGACUCACUGUUGAGCAGUGGUUUAUUUGCGUUGCAUGGGGAUUUAUACCGAUCGUAUGGAGGUGGGUAAUAAUUUUAAUUCCGUUCAAGCAUGAAAUACAUGUAGAUGACAAGCCUUCCUCAAGUCACCUUGCAAGCAACAUUCAUAAGGGCUCUCAAAGCCUUAAACGUCAUAUGACAAGCAAUUAUAAUCCUUAA